AUGGCGUACUCAAGUUUUGAAAACAACGAGCAGAAUUUCCCUGAGGCGGCAUUAGAGGAAGAAACUGUGGUUCUCACAUUGGUUCCAGUUAAUGAGGAGCCUAGUGAAGAACAGCAGAUGGAACCAAGUGUUUCUUCAACUUCAGAAGUGGGCCAGGAGCUGCCCGGGAUGAGCAAGAAAGUUUGUCAUCCUCAAAUGAGUGAACAAUUCAAGUCUUGUCCAAAUCAUACUUGUAAUACACCAAGCCUUCCCUUGCCAACCAGUUUGCCUCCAGUUAAUAAAGUACGUUGGGACACUUUACGGAACUGGUGCCAACAACUUAACUUGAGUACCGAUGGCCGGAAAAUGGAUGUUUAUCUGAGGCUCCAGAAACAUGCUUACUCUGAAAUAAAUGAGAAUAUUGCUGCAGUAUCACCAGAGGCCAAAUUGGAGUCAUGUUCGACAAACUGCAAGAUGACAGCUAAGAGAGCAAGGAUUCGGAAAAGUUGUAAGAAGAGUAAGAGAGAGGAAGGGAUUAAUAUAGUUGAAGUGGUAACAUCAGCGCAAGAAGGCGUGUUGGCAGCGUGGUCAAGAAUUGCUGCAAAAGCCAGUCAACCCAAGUCUGUGAAUUCACGUCCCAUUCCUGCUUCCGUUGAGACCUUUCUGCUGAAAGCUUCUGGCGUCAGGUGGUGUGUGGUCCAUGGCAGACCUCUCUUGGCAGACACAAAAGGUUGGGUUCGCCUGCAGUUUCAUGCAGGUCAGGCCUGGGUACCUGACACCCCCAAGAGGAUGAUCUCUCUCUUCCUGUUACCUGCCUGCACUUUCCCAUCCCCGGGCCUAGAAGAUAAUAUGUUAUGCCCCGAAUGUGCUAAGAGGAAUAAGAAGAUAAUGAAAAGAUUAAUUGCUGUGGGGAAGGAGAGGCGACGCGGCUUGAAAACAACAUCAUUCCCUUUGAGUGGGCCAUAUCUUAAUAAUGAAUAA